ACCACACCGGUCCCUCCCACUGCCACCAUGCUGGCCUCAGGGAUGCUGCUGGUGGCUGCGCUGGCCUGCCUCAGUGUCCUGUUCCUAAUAUCUGUGUGGACGCAGAAGAGACUGUUGGGGAAGAUGCCUCCAGGGCCCACCCCAUUGCCCUUCCUUGGGAACUUUCUGGAACUGGACACAGAGAAGUUUUAUGACUCCCUUUUAAAGAUCAAGGAGCAGUACGGUCCUGUGUUCACCAUCCACCUGGGACCGCGACCUGCUGUGGUGCUGUGGGGAUAUGACGCAGUGAAGGAGGCUCUGAUUGAUCAGGCUGAGGAGUUCAGUGGCCGGGGACAGCAAGCUUUCCUAGAUUGGUUCUUCAAAGGCUAUGGUGUGGUGUUCAGCUCCGGGGAGCGGGCCAAGCAACUCAGGCGCUUCUCCAUCAGCACACUUCGGGACUUCGGCUUUGGCAAGCGCGGCAUCGAGGAGCGCAUCAGAGAGGAGACCAGCUUUCUCAUACAGGCCUUUCGGGACACCGACGGUGCUUGCAUAGACCCCACCUUCUACAUGAGCAGAACAGUCUCCAAUGUCAUCAGCUCUAUCGUGUUUGGGGACCGCUUCGAGUACGACAACAAGGAAUUCCUGUCGCUGUUGGGCAUGAUGAUGCGGAGUUUCCAGUUCACGGCUACCUCGACUGGACAGCUCUUCGAGAUGUUCUAUUCCGUGAUGAAGCACUUGCCGGGAUCACAGCAACAGGCCUAUAAGGAGAUGCAAGGGCUGGAGGACUUUGUAGCCAGGAAAGUGGCACAGAACCAGUGCACCCUGGAUCCCAAUUCCCCCCGGGACUUCAUCGACUCCUUCCUCAUCCGCAUGCAGGAGGAGAAGCAGAACCCCAAAUCUGAGUUUCACAUGAAGAAUCUCUUGAUGACCACACUGAACCUUUUCUUCGCGGGCACAGAGACUGUCAGCACCACCAUGCGCUUUGCCUUCCUGCUGCUCAUGAAGAACCCCGACAUUGCAGCCAAGAUGUACGAGGAGAUUGACCGGGUGAUUGGCAGGGACCGGCCACCCAAGUACGAGGACCGGAUGGAGAUGCCCUACACUGAGGCUGUGAUCCAUGAGAUCCAGAGAUUUGGAGACAUAAUUCCUCUUGGUGUGGCUCAUAGCACCAUCAAGGACGUCAAGUUUCGGGACUUCCUCAUCCCCAAGGGCACUGAUGUAUUGCCUAUACUGAGCUCUGUGCUGAAAGAUCCCCAAUUCUUCUCCAACCCCAAUGACUUUAACCCCCAGCACUUCCUGGAUGACAAGGGGAAGUUUAAGAAGAACGUUGCGUUUGUGCCCUUUUCUGUUGGAAAGAGAUACUGUUUCGGAGAAAACCUGGCUAAGAUGGAACUCUUCAUCUUCAUCACAACCAUCAUGCAGAACUUUAGAUUCAAGUCCCCACAGGCGCCCCAAGACAUAGAUGUGUCCCCACAGUAUGUCGGCUUAGUCUCAAUCCCACGAAAAUUCACCAUGAGCUUUCUGCCUCGCUGAGCCAGAACUCUGUGGGGGUGGAGGCAGUGAACAUGCCCCAAAAGAGGGCAGGGCU